AUGUCCGUUCCCAACUCGCUCUUCAUACUAACCUGCGAUCCACUUUCAUCGCAGCGUUUUCCCGAUGCGUUGUCAAAGACGGUACCGACAUGGUGUGCGGUACUCAACGCGGCCCGAUGCAUCCUUCUCCCGCCGACUUCUGAGAACUCGACGGUAUCGAUCGAGGAAUGGAAACGAGAUGGAGCUUUGUGGACCUUGUCGUCUACUAUCAGCCGGUCCGAACACUCUCAGAUCGAAGCAAGGAUACAAGAAUGGGCACAGAAGCUGAUUGUAAGUCUUAUGUAAAAGGAGCAGGUGCUGAUCGUCUCUCGAAGUCAUCUGACCCGCGUCACAAUCGCGAUCCCCCAGUCUUCGUCUUACGACCUCAGCUCAUUACUCGCCCUCGACCGCCCCUUGCGACCCGUGUUUAUCUCCCCUGCGUCGAGGCUUUCAUCCGACCCCUCUCCGGCCACUUCGUUCCCGUCCUUCUAUCCCAUCAUCUGCGUCAGCGCAAGCAAACUUGCUUCGGACCAAGAUGGCCUCGAGCGAGCGCUCGGAUUCACUUAUGUCCAAGGAAGCGGUGACGACCACGAAAGUUGGUCGAGGGGAUUGACCGCCGACGUGUUUUGGAACCACGAGAAGCUCAUUCUGGAAGCCAAGCGCCAGGACGUCGACCGGGUGAUUGAACGGGUCUUGGAGGAAGAGAGAGGUCGGGCAAGUUUGCCUGCGCAAGGCUCUGGCGGCGACGGGGACGAGACAGCCGUGAAAUGGAUCAGGCGGACGGGAGUGGGCUUGAUUCUCGGUGCUGAGCCCACCAACUCAAUGAUUGUCACUACGCCGACAAUACGAAUUCUUGCGGGCAAGACCAUCCCAGCAAUACCGGCCUCUGAGCAGAUGAAGGAUGGCCAUCCGAAUCUCGUCCUGGUGGCCAAGACCGGCAAGGCGGGGUAUUUUGGCUUCUUUUCGAGCCUCGACUGUCCCAUCACAUUUGCCAAAGAGGCACUCGGGAAGAGCGGUGCAAGUCUUGUUGUGCAGGUGGGCAAAUCCGCGCAACAGAGCGAGGCGAACGAUCUUGGAGUGGCGCUUGCUUUGAUCCUGUUUGGUACGUCGUGUCACCGCUCCCGACAAAAAACCCAAGGAUCGAGUUGACCCUUUUCCUGCGCACACCCACAGUCAAGCUCUACAACGACGCAGGCAAGCUUGAGAUGUCUGCCGCACGGCCAACAAAGAAUAUCAUCCGGUCCCGUCUAGCUUGGAUCUUGGAGUCCUUCCCGUCAACAAAUCCGUCACGAGCGAUCCUUCAGAAAGUCAAUGAGUUGCUCAUGUCUUCCACUCGGAGCUGA